UGGAGAUUGAAUAGAUGACAGAGCAAUUUACCUCACUUGCGGCAAAACCCCAGUCGUAUAUGAGCCAUUAACAUCGUAUCUCCACGGCGACCAGAACAGAAACCUAGGACAAUCCUAAAACGUGCAACACAGACGACUCGAGCUCGUGGACUACGAGCAUCACCGGCAAAGUGACGCUAUCAUCUAGUCGAGCUGGAGAUCGAGAAAGUCGAUAGAGAUUAGAAUCUUUCAACAGCCCGGCAGCAGCGGUGGCUCGUCAGAAUUUGGGUUCACAAUUGUCCAUAGCUUAUCGUAGGUUGGGCCAACGUCCAGAUCAGGAUCAAGCCGAGCUCUCGCUUCAGUCUAGAGCAUGAUCAAAACGAUCGUGUGAUCUCUCAGGCCGGCUUCUUGACAACAUGGCAAUUCCUACCGAGCACACCGGCACCAUUCGGAAUCUUCAGGUGAACCCAGAGGUGGACUCUGCCUUCAACUUGCCAACGGAAAAAUCGGGAGGUCAUCAGAGGUGGAGAAAGAUAUUCAAACGGGCAGUUAGUGGAGGACCCCAAACGACGAUAUCCACUAACGGUCUAUUGGCCCCAUCGAGUCGCGGUUCUCCGCAACUUACUACCCCGACCGAGGAACGACGGUUUGUAAACGGGACCGGCCGGAACAACGGAAACGUAUCCUCAACAGACACCCAUAUCGGUAAUUUGUCUCUCUCCACUGCCAGUCUAGGAGAUACAGCAGGGGACGGCUCGGCGUCCUCCGUACACCUCCCUCUCACGCCGAAUCAAGCAGCGGCCUCGAGAGAGUACCCAUUAGAAGGACCGUAUUCUACCUCGACUGAGCGAUCUUCCGGAUCGUCAGGUGUACCACUCGGCUCGCCACUGCCACAAACGGCUAAAAGUCGCUACUUUGCUUUUGCACCCUCAUCGAGCGGUGGGCACUCAGAAUCAGUUAAUAACUCUCGCACGAAAGGCGAGAAGAAGGACAAAUACCGCACGCUGGGAAGAAAGGCUGGGGGCUCCGCAAAGGACAGCGCACCGUUCUACUCGGUCUCCUCCAAUCACAGUGCCAGCCGGAACCAGACAAUACCAGUCGCAACGGACGCCGACACUGAAAAGUCCAGCAGUGCGACUCAGCGAUUCAUUCGUAGGGUCGCUUCGGCACCAAACGCGAAGGGCUUAUUCUCAGCCGGUUCCAUGUUCAACAAAAACGCGGGCGAGCCGCCUUUGCCGUCCAAAAUGACCGGGCUGGGCUUGCCGGUUCCAGCCUCUCCUACGGUGCGAGAGGAAUCAUCUUCGCAAGCAUUGGGGCUUUCCAACGUGAAUAUUGCCAUCACACAAUCCGGCUCAGAUUCACCGUCCUCGAUCAUGGCCACCUCUCCUAGCGGGACGAGUGGUACCUACCCAGCUAGGCACCCUAUACCAAGGCUGCUGAGCGGCUCUUCCAACUUGACACCAGGUGCUUCGACGUCAUCUCUGGUAUCAACGUCCACUGGAGCUUAUAGUAUCGCCCAGUCUGGAGCUCGUGAGCAUCGCGCCCAGUCCGUGGGCACAUCAGGCAGAUCGGCUGUCUCUCCCGGCAUGGCGCGAUUGGGUGCAGGGCCUGGACCGGGAUUUAGGCGCACUUACAGCUCGAAUUCUAUCAAGAGCAAGACCGUCGAAGUCGGGCCUAGCUCGUUCCAAAAGGUCCGUUUGCUCGGAAAGGGAGACGUCGGUAAGGUCUAUCUCGUCAGAGAGAAGAAAUCAGAGAAACUUUUCGCCAUGAAAGUUCUUUCAAAGAAAGAGAUGGUCAAGCGAAAUAAGAUUAAGCGAGCUCUAGCGGAACAGGAAAUCCUCGCCACAUCGAACCAUCCCUUUAUUGUCACCAUGUUUCACUCGUUUCAGUCGGACGACUACCUUUAUUUCGUGCUCGAUUACUGCAUGGGGGGUGAAUUCUUCCGGGCCCUACAGACGCGGCCAGGGAAAUGCUUGUCGGAAGAGCACGCGCGCUUUUAUGCCGCCGAAGUCGUAGCGGCAUUGGAAUACCUGCAUUUGAUGGGCUACAUAUAUCGAGACCUCAAACCAGAAAACAUUUUACUGCAUCAAUCGGGCCAUAUUAUGCUGUCUGAUUUCGACCUCUCAAAAUCCGGCUCCGAACCUGGAGGAGCUCCGGCUGGUAUGAAGCAAAGCGCUCAGAACGGCGUGUUGAUGGUGGAUACGAGGUCUUGUAUCGCGGACUUCCGUACGAAUUCAUUCGUCGGGACAGAAGAAUAUAUCGCACCGGAAGUUAUCAAAGGCAAUGGCCACACAUCGGCGGUGGAUUGGUGGACUCUAGGGAUUCUCAUUUAUGAGAUGAUUUUUGCCACCACUCCCUUCAAAGGCGUAAACCGUGUGGCAACAUUCGCCAAUGUGCUUAAACAUGACGUGACCUUCCCGGCGUCACCGAAUGUCACCAGCCUGUGCAAGUCGGCCAUACGUAAACUAUUGAUCAAGGACGAGCACAAAAGACUAGGUAGUAACGCUGGAGCCUCCGAGAUCAAAUUGCACAAGUGGUUUGCCCCGAUCAAUUGGGGUUUGCUGCGAAACGAGAAGCCGCCGAUCGUUCCCGCUGAAAGCAACGGCGUGGAUGCAAUCAACUUCCGCACGAUGCGCGAUAGCAAAAGUCUCGAUUUCGAUACGCAUGGAGACAUAAUAUACGCCCAAGCUGGGAAUAUCGCAGGGCCACAGACACCGGGAAUCUCAACACCGAAAGAGCUCGUGAGCGAGCUCAAAGAAGAGAACCCCUUUGUCGAUUUCCAUUCUGUCACUCGUCUUUUCGAAGACUGAUGCGAACGGACGCUGUUCAAGAAUCAGGCUAUCAGGGGUUUGUAUUGUCGAUGCCGACAAGCUCUGCUUUCAUCACCUCGAUUCCGUCUGCGAGCGCAAGCCGGAAUUGUGACAGUAAAUCGUUAGGCUGGCACUCCUUUCCUGCUUGUACACUUACACCUCUUUGUAUUUCACCGUAUAUCAUCAUUUUCCAAUCCCCAAGUGA